ACCUCAGACACUCGACGGACGUCUUGAACGGUACACACGAUCGCUCGCUUGCACCGCAACCCGAAACAAAUUCAAAUUUUCAAAUUUCAUUUCUUCGCCAAAGUGUUUCCGUUGUUAUUCCGUGCUGUGCGUUAUAUUUUUCAUUCGAUUAAGGAACUCAAAAAACAAGUGUGUGUGUGAGUUUUGUGGAAUUAUACAUCAAUCGGCCAGGUGAUUUUGGACAAUUUAAAACCAAAAAGGAUUUUUGAGUGAAUCAAACUGUUUUUCUUUCAUCACCCCGCUGGCGACGACGGUUAAUAUUUCAUUGAUCGAAUCAUGGCUGUGAAGUUUAAUCAACCGGACGAACUGGAAACUUGAAAAAUAAAAUAGAAAAUUAUCUACGGCGGAUUUUAUUUUUUUAAAACCAUUUCCCGACAAGUUCAUUUGGUCCGUCCAAAAAAAUAAAAUCCGGUUAUCUUUUUUUUUUUGUCUUAAGACCAAAUUUGUUUAAACAAAAAGUGAUUUAAAAAAAAAGACAAAAGUGAAUUUAAAUUUCUUCGCCAUGGACACAUCAACGACGACCAGAUUCGUCUACUUAUUGGUUGUCACGUUGGCGGUGAUGGACCAGGGUGGGCCAAGCUUCCUCUGCCGGGCGGACGAUUUUGGCGCCGACCAAGAGACGAGGGAUCCGCACGAGCCGCAAUGGUCCACUUGGUCCGAAUGGGCUCCUUGUUCCAGGACCUGCGACGGCGGAGCCACUUACCAGACCCGCCGCUGCAUGGACAUGGUCAGAGGCUGCGGAAUCCACGAGCGCAGCAUCCGCUACCAAAUCUGCAACAUGCAGCCCUGUCCGGAAAUGGUGGACUUCCGGUUGCAGCAAUGCCAGAAUUACAACAGCAUACCGUACCAGGGUAAAUUAUACAAUUGGGUUCCGCUGACGGACAAAAGCACGCCGGCCUGUUCCCUUUCCUGUCGGGCCGUCAACACGUCGCUGAUUGUCCAGCACGCCGCCCGCGUUCACGACGGAACCCGCUGCAAGCCGGGCAGCCUCGACAUGUGCAUCGACGGCAUCUGCCAGCCGGUGGGAUGCGAUCUGCAGUUGAACUCGGAUUCCAAAGUGGAUGCGUGCGGAGUGUGCGGAGGCGACGGAUCGACUUGCCUGGACAGUACCAGCGACGACCUGGUCAUCGGCUACCGAUGGGAAUUCGGCCACCGACUCUCGCCCUGCACCGCCUCCUGCGACGGAGGUCAACAAGAAGUGGAAAUCAUUUGCCGGGACGCCGUGACGGGACUGGAAGUGUCGGACCAGAAUUUGUGCGACGAGUCGAGCCGGCCUCAACCAAAAUUCGUCCAGUGCCACACGGAUCCUUGCCCGCCAAAGUGGAUCGUCGGUUCGUGGGAGUCGUGCUCGGUUACCUGCGGAGGCGGAGUCAAGGAGCGACGAGUCUACUGCCAGCAAGGGCACAACAACAGCCGGGUGGACGAUGUCAUCUGCUCGGCCCUGAUUGGUCACAAGGCCAGGACCCACGAGCCCUGCAAUACUCACGACUGCCCCAAUUGGUUCCAGGGCCCCUGGUCACAGUGUUCGACUCGGUGCGGUGACGACGGCGUCCAGACGCGGGUGGUGGUUUGCCGAGACGCCAGAGGACACGUCACCAACGCCUGCAGGUUGCAGGAUCAACCACCGACCAGUCGAUCCUGCCCGUCUCAACCGCCUUGCCCGUCGACCGAACCUCCACCGACGACAGUCACGGCCCCCAACCGCCCGCCCAGAGAAAAAGUGACGCCGUUCAAUCUCUUUGACGACGACGAGAUUGAAGAGGAGGAAGAAGAAGAAGAAAAGCAGUUGAAAGGCGUCCUGGUGCAACAGCCGAGCGGCUCCGUUUCCAGCAGCUCAGGAUCGGCUCCUUCGGCGCUCCUGUCGGAGAAACUCCAAGUCGGCGAAAUCAGCCUCGUCCCCACCGACCCGACCCUGGCGUUGUAUUACGCUUGCGGUUGGUUUUAUAAAAGUUUCAUCGCUGGUGAAUGGAGUCCGUGCUCGGUGACGUGCGGAGACGGGACCCGCGAGCGUGAAGUCAACUGCAAAAUCUUCCUGGAAUUCUCCAAGACGAUCGCCAAACUGCCGGACAAGGAGUGCCCCGGCCUCAAGCCGGCCGAAGUCGAGCCUUGCUUCAUGAGACCCUGCAGUCUCUCAAACAAGUACGAACCGUGGAUUGACCAAUUCAGCGACCAAUCCAAUUACAAGCUGAUGCUGGGCACUCGUAAACCGGUCGAAGAUCUCCGGGCGGCCACUAAAAUGGAGUUGACGAGCGGCAGCAGCAGCAGCAGUAGCAGCGGGAGCAGCAGUAGCGGCGGCGGCCCGGUUACAGUGACGAAACCUUCGUACGCCGUUCCACCUUCAUCCGUGACGGCCCCUUUGCUGGCCCAUAGUUGGAAAUCAUCGGGAUUCUCGCAGUGCAGCGCCUCAUGUCUCGGAGGAGUCCAGGAGUCGAUUAUUGAAUGCAUCCGGGAGCAGGACGGCCAGCGGGUCGGUCCGCAUUUGUGCCCGAUGGAGCGGCGGCCGGACGCGAUUACCCGGACCUGCAACGACGUGCCGUGCCCGCCAAGGUGGAACACGUCCGACUUUUCCUCGUGCAGCCGGACGUGCGGCGGCGGCGUCCAGACUCGCGACGUCCAUUGUAUCCACGAAGUGGCCCGCGGCGGUGGCAAUACCUUGCCCGUCGGCGCCGACCUCUGCCCGCAGCCGCCGCCCAGAGCCCAGCAGUACUGCAACAUGAUCGACUGCCCGGUCGAGUGGAAGACGGGCGAAUGGAGUCAGUGCUCGUCGACUUGUGACGGAGGAUUCAAGGUCCGCAAAGUUUCCUGCCAGCAGAUCCUGGCCCUGGGUCAGGUGUUGACCAAGACGGCCAACCACUGCAAUCCGACGUCCAGGCCGGCCGAGUCUAAGCCCUGCAACACGGGCAAGACGUGCAGCAGCAGCGGUAGCAAAGCGGAAGGAAAAGAAGCGGAUGAUUUGGGAGGCCAAGAGGAGGAAGAACAAGUUGGCGGAGUAACAACGACUGCCGGCAGCGUUCCAGAGAGGCCGCCACCUUCUGGCCCGGCCCCGUCCCCAGCCGCAGCUUCGGAUUUGCCCAAAAUCCAGUCGACCAAUCAGAAUUUCGUCCAGCAGGGCCAGUCGAAGAAGAAAGUCACUUUGAAAAUUGGCGGGAAGGCCACCGUUUUCAAAGGCACUCAGAUCAAAAUCCGCUGCCCAGUCAAACAUUUCGACAAGUCUAAAAUCAGCUGGAUGAAGGAUCACAUUCUGCUGGUCAAGAAUCCCAAACACGAACUCAACAAGAAGGGGAUGCUCCGCAUCCGCGACGCCACCUUCAGCGACAGCGGAGUCUAUUCCUGCAUCGCUGGAAGAAGUGUGGCGAACAUCACAGUGACCGUCAGGCCGGCUCCGACCACACCCAACAAUCCUGAUAGUGACUGGGAAUCGCCCAGCAGUCCCGUGGCCGGCGGAAAUCGAUCAAAGGUCGACGGUCACGUCAAGCAACAGCAGCGGGUCCAGCAGACGCUGACGGACGAGCUGUCGCAGCGUCCUGGUUCUUCUUCCGGCGGCGGCGGCGGCGGAUCCUCGUGGGCUGCUGGAUCGUCGAAUCCGGCGGCCGGCGGAUGGGAAGACGAAGAGGAGGAAGAAGAAGAGGACGACGUCAUCAAAGAGAUGAAAGGCAACAGCCUGGCCAACGGCCACGCUGGCCAAAUCAAAAACAACUUUGAUCAUCGCUUCAAAUCGGCCGGCCGGCCGGACCAGACUUUUGUGUCGGGAUCGACCGGACCUCAUUUCUCCGACCAGGAUCAGGAUUGGCACCGCCAAACUCCUCACUUCACUUACGUGACACGUGCGCGGACCACCCAGCCGCCCAGUCCGCCCCCCACAACGACUCCGACCACAACCACAACGACUCCAACGACGACGACGACGGAAGUUCCGGCGGCCACAACUUCCGCCAGUGUCGAUGUCGACGACGUUGAUGAGGAAGAAGAAGAAGAAGAUGACGACCGGGACGAUUACUACCGGCCAUCCCGUCCGGAAAGUGGAACAGUGGCCAGCAGUAACUGGCCGGAUCGCAUCGAUCCCAUUCCGACUUUUUGGCCAACUCAAAACUGGUGGGGGACUAUCGAUCCUAUGCGACAAGAUCCCGGAGGAUCGGGUCGUGGUGGUGGCGGUGGCCAAUCGCGUCAGUCGAACCGCAUCCCGACGUACGCGCCAGCACCUGCGACGCCGGCCAAAGCGGCGGGCAACAACAACAACAACGGCAGCAAUAAGAGCCGCAACCGGGCGGCCGGCGACGGAGCGGCCCGUUCGGGCAGCUCUGGCCGCCCUUCGCCGUCUCCACCUUAUUUCCAAUUGCUCCUUGCCGGACUGGUCCAGCAACAGCCGGAACAGUCGCCGUCGUCGUCCAAGAAGAACAGCAAACCGUCCGGCAGUAGCAGCAGCAGCAGCGGUCGCCACAACAGUCAACGGUCGAAAUUGAGAAACGCUUCGCCGGGCCACCACCAGCAGAAAAUGGGCGGCGCUAAAAAAUCCGUCAGCGAUCCGGCCACCAGCAGCUCUUCCGUUAUUUCGGCCAAAGAAAAAGGGAAAGCGGACAGCUUGAAGUUUGAAUGGCUCCUGACGCCCUGGUCAAAGUGUUCGCAAACGUGCGGCGGGAGCGGCUUCCAGGUGAGAGCCGUCCAGUGCAUCGUCCGCCACAAUAACGUCACCAAAUCGGUCGAGGCCAGUCUCUGCGAGGAUGCCGGACUGGCCAAUCCCGACACUGCCGAUGCCACCAAACCUUCAACUUUGGCCAGCAGCAGCAACAACAACAGACAGCCGGCCACCGUCCAGAAAUGCGGAUUGGAUACUUGCCCUCACUGGGUGGCCGGAUCGUGGACUCCGUGCCAUCAAUCACGCUGCUUCACCUGGAACACGGCGCUGCAAAAGAGGCAACUGGACUGCGUCAUGGACAACGGGACUUUGCUGGACGCCAUCCUGUGCAGCGAUCGUGACAGGCCGUCACAGAAGCGUGAAUGCUUCAACGAGAACUGUCGGGGCGCCUGGAAAGUCUCCGACUGGUCUCACUGCUCGGCUACUUGCGACUCUGUGGGCCACCAAUCGCGACUCCUGCGCUGCGUUUGGUACGGCACCGAAUCUCCCGCUGGAAUGGCCUGCGCCGAAUUGCCUAGACUACCCGUAACGCGUCCCUGUCGGGGACCUCCGUGCCCUCAACGUGGGCAGUGCCGGGACCAGUCGAGCUACUGCGGCCUAGUCCAGACACUGGAGCUGUGCUACAUCCCGCGCUACCGUCAGCACUGCUGUCAGACGUGCCAAAAUGCCCAGCCGCCCAUCCCGACCAAACCCGCCGACAAGAAAGAAACGGAUCAUCUCAGCCGGACACUGGCCAACGACAAGAAUAAGAAAUCCAACAACAACAACAACAAGAAGAAGAAAAAUCAUCAUCACAAAAAAGUUCCCACCGACAAGAAACAACCACCACCACCACCAACAACAUCUCAUCUCUCGUAGACAUUUUUUAAUUUAGAGUUAAACGCCAUUGUUUUUGUUCAACAUCAAUUCAUUUUCUUCUUCGAUAUAAGAAACAAAAAAGUCAUGUCAACCCUCCGGACAAAAUUCUCUCGUUUUUAAUUCAUUUCCAUUUGAUUUUUCAAUUUUAAAAAUAAAUAUAAUUCCUCCAUGUGUGCCAUUUGGAAUUGGCCCACUGACCCGGGUCUUUUUUUAGAUACAACGAACGCGUCGUAUAUCCUUCUCCUCUCCCCCCCCAUCCAAAAAAUACUAAUUUUUAAUUCCCUUUUCUUGAUGUACAUAAAUAACAUUUUCUUUUCCUCAAUGAUUGUGAAGUUGAGAAUUCGCUUCGUCAUUUUUUCCUCUCUCUCGGGGACGAGCCUCGUCAUCUUAUAAAAAAGGAGAGAAUGGGCCAUUUGCACUUUCUCCCGGCCAAAAUGAAAAAAAAUUCUUCAUUAUUAUUCCUUCUUCCGCAAAUGUUGCAACACAGAACCUUCUUUUUUCUUCUUUUGAGAUUUUCCUAGUAGAAUCAUUUCCCGAGGCUCGACCAUCGUUGUUGACAUCAUCGGCCAUAGAAUUUUUAAUAAUAAAAAAAGGAAACUCUCUCCCGUUAUAUUAUCCACACACACAAGACAUCCGUAGCGAAUUUCCAAUUUUUCUUUAAGUUAUAUAAUAAUAAUAAUAAUACAUUCCCCCCGUCAAACAGAAAUUUUUUUUCAUUUGUAAUCCCACCAAUAUUUUGUGUGUAUUGAUUGAGAUAUGUGCCGUUAUACAAGCCCAGACUAUUGUGUGUCAGAAAAAAAGAUCAAUACAUUUCCUUUUUUUUCUUA